CUUACCGCUCGCGCGUCGCGUUCAGUGUUCCGCGCGCGCCUCCGGCCGGAGCCUCAGCUUCUCGCGUACUCGUCCGCACGUUGUGCCGAGUCAAGUUCUCUCAACAACCCCCGUGUGACACUGCGACCGAAGAGAGCGAGAGGGAGGGAUGAGCGGGUGAAAGAGGAUCUGAGGUUCUCUUUUCGCUUCCUUGUUUCUUCCCCCGCGUGCCGCCCCGCGGAGUGCGAUUCGGAGCAUUCGGUGUGAAGAGGAAGACAGAGGAGGCGGAUGGUUUUAUUCACCGGAGAGCGUGUUAUCUCUCGGAGAUGUUGGACGGAGAGAUCGGUGGGAUUUUGAACAGCGUCUGUCGCACGGACCGUGGCGGGGCCGGGGUGAACAGUGUCAGCGAUAGAGUUGAAAGGUUUCACGCGAUCGACCGCGCGGACUGGGAGUGAGCGAAUGCACGGAAGGGACAGUGCGGGAGAAGUGAGAAAUUCGACUCGGACUGUUCUCGUUUGUGCGAGGGGAAUCGGCGACGCGUCCGCUCUCAAGCUCGGACUGGGACACUCGUUCAACAGAGCGGCGUUCAAGUCACGGUCGGAGUGAACUCGAGUUAUCACCGUCCAGGCGAUAUCGAGACGGCGGUCGCGUUAGAUGAAACUUUCCGCGCGCUGGUUCCGCAUUGCCCUCGCGCACGUGACAGCGUCCACCGAUCUCGCAGACACCGCGCGGGCCGAGGGUGGAAGAGAUCCUCCCGUGAACGGCGGUCACCGUCACAUUGCUCGUUUUCGCUGAAAAGAUCGCUCCCCCCGAGGGGCAGGCAGCCAACGCGUGUGUGGGUGGACGCGCGACCGCGUGCGUGCGUGCACCCGCGCGUGAUGCAAGUCGCGUGGGCUGUCGCAACACGCGCCGGUAAAUAAUCGCGACGUAUUUCGCGCUCGUCCGCUUCUCUUUUUCUAUCUUUCUCUCGGGAACAAACUGCCGCGAGGGUGGGAAGACCCGUCGUCUCGCAAGCUAGUAGGGAACUCGCACGGUGGUUAGUGAGUGCGGAAGGAAUCAGGUGCGUUACACAAGCCAUCGUUCGGGGACGAUCGACCGCGCUUCACUUCCUCUUCCUCGAGUCCCGUGCAGAAGUAGACAGGACGACAGAGGAACGACACGAGCGCGUAGAGGAAGAAGAGGACGAGGAAUCGUUCGAUUGCUGCACACGCGGCAGGCGUAAAGGCGGGGUAGGUCCCGGAGGUGGUUUUGGAUGUUAGAGGGCGCGGGGGUGGCUAAAGUGGCCCCACCGCCGGAUACGGGUCCCGAUGCCGGUCCCCGUAUCGCAAACCCUCACGCUGACCACCACCCUCGUACCCAAGGAGGAGUCAAACAUGCCCUUCAUAGACGACGAGCUACUCUGGUGCCCUGACAAUGACGGCAAGAUGGUCGAUCUAACCCAGUGCCUUCAGGAGAGCAACACAGGCCAAUCGGUGGAGUUCUCCCCGAUGGAGUUAAGCGCUCUAGUGGGAACGCCGGCGGCGUCGAAUGUGCCGGCGGAAGAGGGCGAGGGUAUGCCCGGUGUCACAGGGGAGGAACCCUUCGACCCCCUGGAUACAUUCCUGCGGGAACUGUCGGUCGAUCUGCCUGAGCCCAGUCAACCGACCUCCACUACGACUUCCGUAACUUCCUCCUGCAGGCGGCAGAGGUACAACAUCGCCGCUGCGAACCCUCUAUUAGCAGAAAAAUUAGCGGCAUCCUCGACGCAAGCAUCUCCGGCUUCUAUCCCGUCGUACGUCGCGCGGACGGAGAUCAAGACGGAGAACAUACAACCGGAGCCGAGUAAGGUGGACACCAGGGAAGUCCAGCCGCACGAUACCGGCGAGAAGGAACAGCUGGGUCUUGCGAGCGUGAAAGUGGAGCCGGGAUCCACGAGCGCGACGACCACCAGCAGCACAGGCACUCGCCUGCUCCACGGCAUCCUCUCCCAGCAUCCCCAGCAGCAUGGCUUGGGGCUGCAGAACGGAUACGGCCGGCAUUUGGCCGGUCAUGCUCAGAUGGGCCAACCGCCUUACACCACUGCCGCCAUCGCCACCACGAGUACGCCAGGAAGCGGAUCACUGCCAGCGAGCCCAGCGGACAGCGGAGUCAGCGACGUCGAGUCCAGCACGUCCUCGGGCGGCAACGAGGACGCGAAUCUCUUACUGAAAGCCAGGCUCAAUCCUAACUCGUCCCUCCAGCCGGGUCUGGCGUCUCAUCACUCUCACUUGUCGUCAGCACUCGGCAGAUCGGCCUGCCACAGCCCGGGCGUGUACCAGUCGACGGCGAGCUUCCUGCCGCCCUCCUAUCAUCCUCAUCAGCAUCAUCCCUCCCAGUAUCACCCGCACCGAGGGAGCUCGCCGCACCAUCAGCACAGCAACCACACCAUGGGUCCGGCGAUGGGGCCGCCCCACCAUCAUCAUCACCAUCAAACGCAGAGCCUCCAGCACUUGCAUUAUCGUCAGCCAUCCACACUGUCCGAGAGCUACAGCAGUUACGUGAACUCCAUGUACGGCGGAGCCAAUCAGUUCGCGACCCCCUGCACCCCGAGUCCGCCGCGGGGGCCCGGCGGCGUGCCCACCAGCGUGAUCCAGGCGGCCACCAGCUCGGUCUCGGACGACCUCUACCUCCUCGACCUGGGCUUCCCGCCGCGCACGAAGAAGAGCAAGCUGAAGAAGCCGCGGCAGGGCGAAGGGGGCAGCGGCGGCGCCGCGGUGAAGCGGAAGUCGCGCGAGGGCUCGACCACUUACCUGUGGGAGUUCCUGCUGAAGCUGCUGCAGGACCGGGAGUUCUGUCCGCGCUACAUCAAGUGGACGAAUCGCGAGCGGGGCGUCUUCAAGCUGGUCGACAGCAAGGCGGUCUCGCGGCUCUGGGGCCUGCACAAGAACAAGCCGGACAUGAACUACGAGACGAUGGGCAGGGCGUUACGCUAUUACUACCAGCGCGGCAUCCUCGCCAAGGUGGACGGCCAACGUCUGGUGUAUCAGUUCGUCGACGUGCCCAAGGACAUCGUCGAGAUCGAUUGUACGGGCGCAUGAGACAGGGGGCCGACCCGUCCCGCGGGUGACCACGAGGAGCAGCGACAGCAACAACAAUACGGCGUCUCAGCGCGAAUCGCGCGCUUACUACGUCGAUCGCCACCGCGGCGUCGCGGCUUCGUCGCGGAGCCUCUUCCGCGCGAGAGAUCGUCGUCGUGCGACGACGCCUCUAUCCGUCGAGACGCGCCGACCUGGCACACCCCUCAGACGUUGUAAAAUGCGUUCUCUCUCUAUCUAUCUCUUUUUUUGACCCUCUCUUCCCCUUUUCUCCCUCCCCGCUUCUCUCUCCAUUUCUCUCUUGUUCUCUGGCUUCGUUUGUUCCUUGUAUAUUAUACCUAUGUAAAUGUAUAUUGUAAGGCGCCGGGUGACGACGUCGUCGGAGGUGGUCCCGACCUCGUCCUCUUCCUGCGGUCCGUCCCUCUCCCGCGCGCCGAAUGCCGCCCGCAGGACGGGAACAGGACCGCGCCGUGCGGGCUGCAGACGGGCUGCGGCGUGCUCGCGCGCGCCCGACACUCGUCGAAAUUUGUACAAAAUUUAGUUCUUAAUGCCGAGAGCAAGUUUAUAUAUCGGGCGUAUACCCUUUUGCGAGGAAGGGCGCCGUGGACAAAUUACUUAAGCAUGGAUCAUCGUGGCGGAAGCGAAAAAUGAAAUUGUAUAUUCGAGAGCGCGGAUAAAUUAUUUAUUGUAUAUUAGACGUUUAUAUAUGUUACCUAAGGAAAUUGUUACGCGCGUUGAUUCGCGAGCGGGGGAAAAAAAACGUAUUACGGAAGCAAAGUCUAAAAAAAGAAAAAGGAAAAAACGAAGAACAAGAAGAAAAAGCAGAACGGGAGGAGGAGGAAGAAAAAAAAAAAGAGAAACGACAUGUAACGAAACGAGGGCUGUGAGAAGGGAUUACGGAAUCGAGAUGAGAGAAGAGGGGAGAGGUGGCACGGGAGAGAGGAUGAGAGAGAGGCGUCUCUCGAAGUUUUAUGGAGCGAGCUCAGGGAGGGGGUACGCACUAUAUUUUUUUAAGUAUAAGGCGGGAGGGAUUGGCCCUUUUGAUACUGCGAGCUGAGGGUUCGACAACGCAAGGUGCUGGCUAAUACACGUACAUACACAUACACGCAUACACACACACAUACGCGUACAUACAUAACACACACGAGGUCCAAGAAUAUUGUUUAGAGCAAACCUAGUGUUACUGAUUCGUAAAGAUUAUCGAGACAGACACAUUAUAUAUCCCUGUAUAUAGUUAUAAAGAAUACCUUUAGUAAGAAGAAGUAUAUAUAUAUAUAUAUAUUAUUGAAUAUUAUAUAUAUAUUAUAUAAAUAUAUAUAUUGUAUGUUAUGUAGUAAAUGGAGCGAGUUGAUGUGUCUCUAUGAGAUUUGCCGUCACGUCGGUCGGCACUGGCGAAGGGAGCUGCUUGACCGUCUCGUGCGACGUCUCUCUCUUCAAAAAAAAAAAAAAAAAAAAAAAAAA